UGGAAGUGUAUCAUGUUGGUCUGUGCUUUACAAAUGCGUUGAAGAAUAUAUGAGCUCGAGGUUCUGGAUUCGUCGACACCAUUCCUUCACCAUGCCCAUUCGCCGUAGGAUGCACUUACAUCAAAGCUCACAGCUUCACUAAAUCAGCCACAUGAAAUCCGCAGCUUUGCCUCCCUCAUCAUAGUCUCUCCAUAAAAUACCACAACCCACACUCCAACACCAUCCACAUACCUCACACCAGCAGCACCACUCUACCCACUAUGUCUUCGUAAGUCUUCCCCUCUACUCACAUCCACUCGAACUAGACCAUCUGACCAACCCUCCGCAGCACUUCUGACCUCGCACGCGAUCCCUCUAUUCCAACUGUCGGCGACAUAUGCCAUUUCAUGCGCCUACCACAGGAACUCCGCGACAUGAUUUACGAAUACGCUGUCACCGGACCCAACAACCGCGUCAUAUAUUGCCGACACACAAACCGCCAAAUCCUCCAAAUCUCUUCACCAAACUCCAUCACCCCCAACCAGAACCUAAUUGAAGCGAACCCGCUCCGCUUCGUCUCCAAGCAACUCCGCGCCGAGACGCUCGGCCUGACGCUGAAGUUCAACACGAGCGUAGUGUUCUCGGGCCGCACCCAGGAUCGUGGCGACUCGUCUGCAAUCACCCACUGCACCACGUUCAUAAACGAGUGCUCUCGUGCUGUCCUGGCCAACUUGUCUCGCAUCGAGCUCGAGCUCAGCGGCAAUGUCUCCUAUCUUCCCUUUGGUUCCAUCAAUUGUUUGGCUGGCGAUAUCUAUGCCAAGAACCCUCAAAUUUCCCUCAUCGUCCGCCUAAUGCAUUGGAAUGUCAUGGACGAUACGUUCAUAUGGUACUUCAGCGAGUAUGGCGAGUAUAUCGUGUACGCGUGUCAAUUUCUUCGCCUUGAGAACAUGAAGAAUCUGAGGUUCAUGCCGUGCGGGGACUUUGAUAGGAAGCGGCUGAGGCGGAAAGUGUUGAAGGAGAUGCAGAAUCUUUUUCCGCGUGGGAAGGAGAUGCUGGAGGAGGCGAAGCAGUGGUAUAAGAAGGGGAUUCCAGGAGUUGUGGAGGUUCCUGAGGCAAUUCCCAGAGGCAGUUGCAGAGCGCCUCGGGAAGACCGACUUGUUUCUACUAAAACUCCAAUAGAACUGAUCAGAGAAUCCAACUUUUGUCUCUAUUAAAUAGCUCAACAAUCCGACACUGAUAUUUCGCGUGGUGUGAAAUGAGUAAAUCCAUCGUGAAGAUGUUUAUGGUGCGACCCUUGACUUGUUGCGCUAACUAAAAGCUCGGAGUACGGUCAAUUUUUAGUGCGCCGGAAACAUCAAACUCUCUAGACGUUUGCUUGUAACGGUCAUCAUUCAGAUAAAACCGUUGCAUUUUGAAUUACCUGCCAUUUGCACCAAUAGUGCGGCCUGAUAGUACCUAUACUUCGCCUACCUAGCUAAUUUACCAGGUCGUAGGAACCUUCGGAUAUUCCGACUUGCUCAUCUUCAGAUCAUCGAACACGGAGUCAUCGCCUGCAGGAAGUCAUCAUCAUAUUCAAGCGCCAGUGACAACACACGUACCAUGCAGGUGCUGAACCCUCAACUCGUCCUCAUGCUCUAGCUUCUCCAUCUCUUCAAGCGGCGUCUCCUUAUCGUCGUUCUUCUGAUCUUUGGACGUCGGUUCGACCGCUG